UUCACUUCCAAAACAGAUUAAAGAUGCAACCUCAGAUCCUCUUGUUGAAGGAAGGGACGGAGAAUGCCCAGGGCAAGCAGCAAGUAAUCUCCAACAUUAAUGCCUGCAGCGCUAUUGUCGAUGCUAUCCGAACCACCCUCGGCCCCAGGGGCAUGGAUAAGCUUAUCGUUGAUAACAGAGGAAAGGCAACGAUCAGUAACGACGGUGCUACUAUCAUGAAGCUGUUGGAUGUUGUUCACCCUGCUGCUAAGACCCUGGUUGAUAUUGCUAAGUCGCAGGUUCAAAAUAUUUAAAUUUACAAAUAAUUUAUUAAGUUGUUUCUCAAAUCCUUCAGGGGUGAAUAUUUUCCUGUAAAAUCAUCCCUGAAAGCAACUAAACUAGCUCUGGAAAGGAUGGCUGAACUAGCUGUUAAAAUUAACAAGGAUGACCCGGUGGAAUAUAGAUCUUUAUUGGAGAAGUGUGCAGCAACCUCUAUGUCCAGCAAACUCAUCCAUCAACAGAAGGAGUACUUCAGCAAGAUGGUUGUCGACGCCGUCAUGACCCUCGACGAACUCCUUCCCCUCAACAUGAUCGGGAUCAAGAAGGUUCAGGGAGGAGCUCUAGAAGACACCGUUCUAGUACCUGGAGUCGCCUUCAAGAAGACCUUCAGCUAUGCUGGGUUUGAGAUGCAGAAGAAGACAUACACCAAUCCCAAGAUUGCUCUCCUCAAUAUUGAACUUGAACUGAAAGCUGAGAAGGACAAUGCAGAGGUACGUCUUGACAAUGUAGAGGAAUACCAGAAGGUGGUUGAUGCCGAAUGGAAUAUUCUGUAUGAUAAACUGGAUAAAAUCACCAAGAGCGGAGCUAAAGUUGUCCUCUCAAAACUUCCCAUUGGAGACGUUGCAACCCAGUAUUUUGCUGACCGGGGUAUGUUCUGCGCUGGUCGAGUAGUUGACGAAGACCUACAGAGAACCAUGAAGGCUUGUGGUGGAGCUAUUCAAUCCACAGUUCAUGAUCUAGAUGAUUCUACUCUGGGUACAUGUGAAACCUUCGAGGAGAAGCAGGUUGGUGGAGAGAGGUUCAAUCUGUUCUACGGGUGCCCCAAGUCAAAGAGUUGCACCAUUAUCCUUCGUGGAGGAGCUGAGCAGUUUAUGGAGGAGACGGAGCGAUCUCUUCAUGACGCUAUUAUGAUUGUUAGGAGAACCAUGAAGAACGACUCCGUUGUUGCCGGAGGUGGAGCAAUCGAUAUGGAGCUCUCCAAGUAUCUCCGGAACUACAGCAGAACCAUUGCUGGCAAGGAGCAGCUCAUCAUUGGCGCCAUGGCCAAGGCUUUUGAAGUGAUAGCUCGUCAGCUGUGCGACAAUGCUGGAUUCGACGCGACUAAUAUUCUAAACAAACUUCGACAGAAGCACGCUCAGGACGAGAUCUGGUUCGGUGUUGAUGUGAUGAACGAGGAUAUCGCGGAUAAUUUCGAGGCUUGUGUUUGGGAACCAUCCAUUGUAAAAUCCAAUGCAAUUAUUGCAGCUUCAGAGGCAACUUGUCUUCUACUCAGUGUUGAUGAGACCGUAAAGAACCCCCGAAGUGGACAGGGAGAGGGACAGAUGCCCCCGGGUGGAGGUAUGGGACGAGGACGUGGUAGACCCAUGUAAUCACGGAGCUAAACCUUCAUUUUACUCACGGAGAUUCUGGUUUCAAACUAGACUCCAACCCAGACAUAAACAUCUGGGUCUUCAACCUAAACCUGUACUCGGUCCCUAUAUCUGGAGCUAGGUUCAGUUCUGCUCCUGGUCCCUAUGGAACCUUGUGGUAUCUAAUCACUAAUCAUUGAUCUUGCUUUAUAAUAUGUAUUGAAGUUGCACUAAUAAUGAAGCUCAGCACA